CAGCACAUGCGUGCCAUUCUCCUGAUUACCCACACGUGCAUCGCUUUCCAGCGAUGGCAGGCCCACGCGAUGGGCGGUCCAGAUGUAGCACAGGCGACACGAGUGGGAAAAGGAGGACCCAUUUCAAUGUGUUCGACCUCGAGCAAAGCCACUCUCGACUCUUCUAACAUUCACUGGGAGUAGCAGGGUGCUUAUCCUUCACCCCAUUUUCCUUCCAAGCACUCGCAUCUCUCAAUGUGAUACGAUGCUACUACACCACCUCCCUCGCUUCUCUUCUCCUGUCUCAAUCUCCAAAACAGCAGCUACAGCAACACUCCCUAUCUUCUUCUCCACUCUCUUCUCCAAACCCAAUCCAAAUCUCUCUCAAACCCCACUCAUCUCAACCCCUCGUUGUUUUUCUUCCAUUUCAUCGGUACCCCAACACGCCGACAUCGAAAUUCCUCAGAAUUCAUCAAUUUUCGAAGAAACCCAAAUCGAAUUCCACCCCAAUUCGCCAGUUCCGGAAGAGACCCAGAUCGAAAUACCGCUUGAAAAGCUAUUUAUUCCGCCGGAAGUCGACAUUUCAGCAGACGAGUCGGCGUUGAACAGAAGGGUGCUGAAGGGCUCCAACAUAGUCCUGAGCAGGUAUGCAAGGGACGCCCAGAUAUCGCAGGCUGAGUUUGUGAAGAGCAGCAAGCGGACGGAGGACUGCCCGUCUGACGGGCUGCCUGAGUUCGCUCUCGUCGGGCGUUCCAAUGUCGGGAAGUCGUCGCUGCUCAACUCCCUCGUCAGGCGGAAGCGGCUCGCCCUCACGUCUAAGAAGCCCGGGAAGACCCAGUGUAUCAAUCAUUUCCGAGUAAACGAUUGUUGGUACCUUGUGGAUUUGCCUGGAUAUGGGUAUGCAGCUGCACCUCAUGAAGUCCGAAUUGAUUGGGCCCAGUUCACCAAAGACUACUUCCUCAACCGAGAGACCCUGGUCUCAGUGUUUCUCCUUAUCGAUGCCAGCAUUCCCGCCAAAAAGAUAGAUCUUGAAUAUGCCAGUUGGCUAGGCCAGAAUCAGAUCCCAAUGACUCUUAUCUUUACAAAAUGCGACAAGCGGAAGAAGAAGAGGAAAGGCGGUAAGAGGCCAGAAGAGAACGUAGAAGAUUUCCAGAGCUUGAUACGGGAAUUCUUCCAGGCGACUCCCCCUUGGAUCAUGACUAGCAGUGUUACCAACAUGGGUCGUGAUGAGAUGCUAUUACACAUGGCUCAGCUAAGGAACUACUGGCUCAAGCACUAGAAUGGAAAUCGUACUCCGCUUUUGAGGUUUCUCCCCUUUUUGCUCUUUGAUCAAUAUUAUCAUGCAGUAGAUAUUGCCCAUGUCUGAGAUUACUGGAAUGCUAACCUUGAAUCAUCUUUCCACCGCUAAAGAGAUAUCCCUUGAAAUGGGUCUUUGCUAACUGAUCUCUUUGGUAAUGCAAGCAUCCCAUUUUACUAGAAUCAUUUAAAGUCACGGGAGAUGCGAUGCAUGUGGUGAAAAUGUUGUAGAUUAUGAAUACAGCGACGGGUUAUCAAGAUGAUGAGUGGGAGCAAAUUAUCUGAUUA